UGGUCUCUGGAAUUCAUGACGUCUGUUCGGUAACUCGAGAUUUAGUUCCCUGAAACUCGCCUUGCUGCUGCCUGGAUCCCUCCGCUGUAGUUACCAUUGUUUCUAGCUCUUAUUUAUUGGGCCUCGUUUCUUUUGUUACCAUCGUACCAACUCAACCAUCACGUUGCGUACCAUCACGUCAGCUCAAGUUUGUGAUUAAGUUGCAAUCGUUUGGUAAAGCAGAACCAACCCAUCCAUUGUAGACGUCGAACGUAUUUUCGAAGUAGUGGAAUUCAGUAGCCCUUUAGCAACACCGCCAUACUCGACGCCUCUAGUUUUUGUGACAAAGCUUCGUUUAGAACUGGCUAUCGCGUUUUGGAUUCUAGCUGUUGGCGUCCUGCACGCGUUGGUCUUAAGGCUGCUCCUAUCUAUAGCUUCAGUACUGAAGCAUCGGCUUCCGGAACGGACUGCAUCCAUGGACGAAGGAGAAGCAGUCAAGCCAGCCGUCACGGAGGGGGGUACUGCGAUGGAUGUAGAAGACAAGCCGAAGCAAUAUAUUGAUCCAACAUACGAAUUUGUGCAGGCUCCGAAGUAUUUCGAUUUCAUCAAUGGUGAUAUGGAGGAUGCUUCAGCAGAUGAAUGGUUCAGGUCAACGCCGGGACAUCCGAAGUCCCCUUUGGUCGUGAAGGCCAUGGCUUCUGGUCAGCGGAUGAUGCCGAAGGAAGCGAUACCGCUCCUCAGCGCUAUUAAGAUUCCUGAACCGACUCCCGUCCGUACCCGAAUUACGCCGAAAUCUGAAGGGCCACGAAGAGUCAGGUGCGAUGACAUCGCUUCCGUGAAUGCUGAGCUCGAGAACGGGAAUGACGGCGAAAAUGGCGUAGCAGUGAAGGAUGAUGAGGACGAGAAGCAGUGGACUGACGUGGACCUGAAGGAUGAAGGAGACGCACAGCAACAGGAAGAAAUCGCCGGUGAGGUGCCGUUGAACGUUGAGGUGGUCGAGCUUCAAGCAGCUGGAGUGAAUGAUGCAGCAGCAGAGGCUGGAUCAGAUGCUCCAGCAACAGGACUGGGUGCGGAAGUGGCGGAUCAGCUUGUAACGGAACAUGACGAGCAGGGUCCGGCUGGUUCUUCUGAUGGCGGCAAGGCUGCAUCUUCGGGCGCGAGGGUUCACAGCAUGCAGACCAGAGCGAUGGCUUCAGCCUCACACGCGGGAAACAGCAACCCUCUGCCUCCGCUCAGUGGCUCCGCGGGUAAGAGGCCCCGCGAGGAUGAGGAAACGGACGAAAUGGUUAACGCUGUUUUCCCAGUCGAGGAGCCGUCUCCGGCGAGCAGCGGGUUUCCCAAGAAGAAACUCUGGGAUCAGCUCAGGAACAUGCGGAUUAGCACGCCCCGCUCCACCCGCUCGAAAUCCAAGACUCGAAGCGCACAGAAGGCUGAUGCUGUUGGUGGUGAGAGUGGCGUGCCUGGUGGAGCUGAUGGUAGUGUGAUUCGUGAUGCUGAUUCGCCUGAAGCUGCAGCUGAUGCUCCUGAUAGUGCAUCUGAUGAUGCUAGCAGUGCACCUGAUGCUUCUAUCCCAGCUGCUGGUGCGCCUGAUGCGACUGGUACACGUACUGCCACACCUGCUGGUUCUCAGGCUGCCUCCGUGUCCGUUGCUGCUUUCAUCGCGGGUGCUGCUGAGGCCACUGCUGCAGCUUCCGCAGCUCUCACCUCGUCUUCUGACGCUUCCCGAGCAGCUGAAUCCUCUUUUGGCACUGCGACUGGCGCAACUGGUGCUACUGGUGCUACUGGUGCUACUGUUGCUGCUACCAUACGCCAUGCUUCUGCUUCUGCCGCUGCUACUACUCGUGCAGGAGCUGGCCGUCGUCCCCCUCCAUCCACCCGCUCAGCAGGCUGCUCUACUUCGCUCCGACGGGCCUCUGCCAGGCUCAAAGCCAGAGGGGGAGCUCCUCUAGCAAGGGUUACUCGCCAGUCUGUCAUGGCAGCGACUGCCGCCUCUGCUGCUAGGGCUGCUGCAACCAGGGGCUCGAGAGCGAAGAGGCAGAAGGUGGACAAGUCCCCACGCUGGAAGGCACCUUCCACCAGUCGCCCUACAGGGCUUACCGUUCCCCAGCCGUUUAACCUGCGAACGGACGUCAGAGUUCGCCCAGGGGAGGAGAAGCUGAAGAACGAGGCUCAGCAAUUCGUCUCCCUCGCCCAGAGCGUGCAAGCCUUUGCACGCUCGAGCCGAUCGUCAGAUGUUGAGGCUGCUGCUCCUCAGGGGACUCGCCCAGGGGUGGCAGCAGCUCCUGCAGCAGCAGAGCCCCAUCUCACCAUCCCCCAGCCCUUUGUUCUCAACACGGAGAAGAGGCGCGGGUCUCAAGACGAGAGGAUGAAGGAGGUGAAGCCGUUCGUGUCCCUCGCUCAGAGCGUCAGCAUGUUUGGCACCAGGAGCGCCCGGUCAUCAGAGACAGAGUCAACCUCGCAAGUGGGUGGACCUUCCCACGAGCUGAGCCUGACCGUGCCUGCCCCCUUCGACCUGAUGACUGACAGGCGCCAGCGGCCAAAGGACGAGCAGCUGAAGAAGGAAGCCAAGCCGUUCGUGUCUCUCGCUCAGAGCGUCAGCAUGUUUGGCGCCAGGAGCAGUCGAUUAUCAGAGACUGGGGCAAACGCACACGAGGGCGGGCCUUCCCACGAACUGGGUCUGACCGUACCUGCACCUUUUGAUCUGAAGACUGACAGGCGCCUGCGACCAAAGGAUGAGCAGCUGAAGAAGGAAGCCAAGCCGUUCGUGUCUCUCGCUCAGGAGCUCAGCUCCUUUUCAGCACACAUGCGGCCAGACGACGAGGCUCCUAUUGGGUCCUCCUCUGCUGCAUCUGGUCCCCCCAGAUUGACUAAGCCUGUGGAGCCGAAGCUGCUGACGGCUCAGAGGGAGGGGCCGAGGAGGUUCAGGGUGCUGCAGGAAGGGGAGGCAGCUGCCACCAAGGUGACCACCCGGGCUGCUGGAAAGCGGGAGGCCUCAGCAGCUGCUGGUGCUGCCAUUGGUGCUGGUGGUGCUGCCGUGUCUGGUCCGAAGCCUCCUACAGUGCCUUGCUCGCCCGUGCUGACGACCAAGCUGCGUGCACGCGGAGCCAAGGCGAAGAGCAGCGAGGAGAGGGAGUUGGAGGAGAUAGCGAAUGCGGCUAAGCGUGUGCAUACCAUCAAGCAGGCCAGCUCCGAGGUUCCAACCGCCACGCACCCGCGAGAAUUCCACCUUUUAACUGAGGAGCGCGGCCAAGCGAAGCAGCACAAGCUACAGCAGCAGCUGACAGAAGCGGAGGAAGAGAGGCGGAAGGCAGCCAUACCCAUGGCAGCACCUAUGCCAUUCACCACGCUCGCCCCACAGUUCCUCCGCAAGCCGCCAACCAAGCCAGCCACAGAGCCUCAGGAGUUCGACCUUGAGUCGCUGAAGAGGCACCAGAUGGCACAGCAGCGCUUGGAGGAGGAGCUUCAGAGGAAGGCGGAGGAAGAAGCUGCUCAGAGGGGUUUCCACGCACAGCCACUGCCGGAUAUGACGAAGAAGCCGGAGUCCCCCAGGCGCAUUCGUGUGCUCACAGAGGUGAAGCCUUUCAACCUGAACGUGGACCGUCAGGCAGCACACCAUGCCGGCGUGAAGAAAGCGGCUGCUGAAGCUCGUCAGAAGGCUGAAGAGGAGUAUGCAGAGAUGCAGGCACAAGCCAGGAAGGAGGAGGAGGCGGAGAUCAAGAGGAUGAGGAAAGGGUUGGUUCACCAUGCAGUUCCCAAGCCCUCUUAUGGCGAACCCUUUGUUCCAAAACGAUCUGGGAAGCCUGUGACGCAGCCUGUAUCCCCGUGUCCAGGCAUAGUGGCAGUGCGGGCAAGGAGGAGCCAGCAAGAGGAUAUGCUCUUUUAGUGCACAUGACGAAAGUCUAGGGAUUUCGAGCUCGGCGCUUCACCUACUGCUUCCUAUGUUGGAGAUUGUUGUGCCACCUGCUGAGCAGAUGGACUAUAGGCAUUGGCACGAUCUUUGUGCCUUGGGGUUCGGCAGUCUUAGCAUGGUACCAACCUACCGUAACGGACAUUUAUUGCUGACUCUGGAAAUGCAUGUAGACCUUGGCAUGGCACAAUUCUCCGUGCCAAUGCAGUAGGCUAGUGUAAUAGGAUCUUCAACAUGAUGUGUAUUUGCGAAGUUCUGGUAGUUUUUGGUGAAGUGA